AUGCUUAAAAAACAUUUAGCUGUGUGCUAUUUGAAUAGUAGUUAUCACUCUCGAAAAGCAGAAAUGAUAAAAAAUAUACAGAAAAUCGAAGAGGAUGCGGUUAAACUAGAGAAGGAGAAUAUAUGCUUUUGCUGCGGUGAAAGUUAUGAUACAUUUCAUAGAGGUCAUAUAUAUUGCUCUGAUUGCCCAAAUUCAUUUAAAACUCAAAUAAGUUACGAACGACAUGUUUUUAUAACGCAUUCGGAAGUUGAUAAAUUUCCUUGUUCCAAAUGUGAAGCAAAAUUGCGUACAGCUACGCUACUGAAGUUACACAAAAAGCAACACACAACUUCUGAAAGAUUGCAUAAACGUGCACAUACAAGAAAGGAACCUUUUAUUUGCGACUUUUGUGAGAAGAAAUGUUUUUCACCGGGUGAAUUGAAAAUACAUCGUCGUUGUCACACCGGUGAAAAACCCUACGCAUGCACUGAAUGCAACCAAACAUUUUCUACUAAGAGCUCACUUAAUCGACAUUUGAGACGGCAUACAGGUGAAAAGCCCUACACUUGUACUGAAUGUGAAAAAAGUUUUGCUAUUAAGCACGCACUCAAUCGUCAUAUGGAGCGUCAUAUUGGUGAUAAGUCACAGUAUGAACACAUAUUAAAAACUAAUAAGAAACAUAAAAAACAAAUCCAAAUUCAUUCAUCUAAAAGCAAGAGUAAAAAUGAAAAUCAGGAGGACAAACUGAAAUGCAAAGAUUGCAAAGCGAUAUAUACGACAGAGGAAGAACUUAAGAUUCAUUAUGAAACUGGAACUCAUAUACCUGAAUAUAACAAAAGCAGCCCUAAAGAUGUGAAAGAAAGAAAAAAAAACUGCACGCUAUGUAGCAUAGAAUUUAAUUCAGUUAAAGAUUCGAUCUUUCACUUCCUGAAGAUACACAGAGAGCAUCCACAGACUUUCCUCAGUGCUAAAUGUGCCCAAAACUUAGAACCAAAUAAUGUCGCUACGUCAUCAGAAAAGCAUUACAGAAGUGAUAAUUCCAACGAAAACCCUAUUGAAAAUGUUACUCCAACUGAUAACAAUGUCUUGCCAUCACUUAAAUAUGAAGAACUUUCGUCAAUGGUAAAUGGAGUUAUUAAACAAGAAUGUAUAGUAGAUGAAAGAACUGAACCAACCACAGAAAAAUUAUUAUUCAAUAACGAAAAUAAAAGUGAAAGGAUACAGCCAACACAUAUGAGUAAUAAUGAACAAAUAUACAUCAAUGAUGAAGUUAUUAUGCAACAAUUUAUAAAACAAGAAGAUCCCGAUGCACCUGCAGAGAAUUUACUAUUAGAAAGCGAAAUGUAUAGUAUUAUAACAAUAGAAAAUGAGACUAUUAAAAAUGAACCAGAAUCUGCUGUUACUGAAACUCCAGACGGUACAAUUAUAAAUGAUCGAAUACCUCUCGAUUAUGGCGGUGUUUCACAAAAAGUAAUAGAAAAUAGUGAAACUGAAACAGUUACUGAGCAAUUAAUUAUGGAAAACGAAUCAACUGUGUUCAAUGUUCAUAAAAGUAAAAUCACAAAUGAGCCAUAUAUCAAUUGCGACUCUUUUAAAAAGAAAUUGCUGAAAUUGGGUGUACAGAAUGACCUUAAUCGUUCUUACAACAGUGAAAACCCAUACUCCUGUGCUAAAUGUAAUAAAAGUUUCUCUCUCAAAAGGUCACUGAAUUAUCAUAUAAGGUAUCAUUGUGGUAAAAAACUUAAUACGUGCACUGAAUGUAACAAAAUUUUUGCUUCUAAGAAAGGACUCAAUAUUCAUAUGAGACAACAUACUGGCGAAAGACCUUACAAAUGCACUGAGUGUAAUAAAGGUUUUACUGUUAAGAGCUCACUUAUUCUUCAUAUGAACCAGCAUACUGGUGAAAAACCAUGCAUAUGUACUGAAUGUAAUCAACAUUUUUCUACAAUGAGCUCACUCAGAAUUCAUAUGAGGCGACAUACUGGUGAAAAACCCUACAAAUGCACUGAAUGUAAUCGACAUUUUUCUAUAAUGAGCUCACUCAAAAGUCAUAUGAGGCGACAUACAGGUGAAAAGUCUUACACAUGCCCUCAAUGUGAAAAAAGUUUUGCUGUUAAAAAAGAUCUUAAUCGUCAUAUAAAAGGACAUACUGGUGAAAAACCUUACACAUGCACUGAAUGUAAACAAUGUUUUGCUCGUAAGGAAACACUGAAACGACAUAUGAGACGACAUACUGGUGAAAAACCAUACACAUGCACUGAAUGUAGCAAAGGUUUUUCCGCUAAGAAGUCGCUUAAUCUUCACAUGAGGCAACAUACUGGUGAAAAGCCAUACACAUGCACUAAGUGUGAAGAAUGUUUUCUUCGUAAAGAUCGACUCAAUAUUCAUAUGAGGGAACAUACCGGGGAAAAACCCUACACAUGCACUGAAUGUAAACAAAGUUUCACUCGUAAGGAGAGACUUGAAAUCCAUGUGAGGCGACAUACUGGUGAGAAACCGCAUUCAUGAGUUACAUAUGCAUCCACUCAAACACAUAAUAAAUACAAAUAUAAUAUAAUGGGUAAUAAAGUUAACCCAGUAUAAAAUAUACAUUUUAUUAUUUUUACUGUUCGUGACAAUUUCAUAUAAUUUUAUGAUUCACAAUAUUGAACGAUUUCAAUAUUGUUCGUGACAAUUCCUAAUUGGACAAUUCGUCACACAUUUCUAAAUAGUAAAUGGUACCAUUGUUUAAUAAACUAAUAGAUGUUUAUUAAUUAUGCGUAUUCAAGUUAUAACAAUGCAUCUCUUUAACAUCAAAGAUCGAUCAUUAAACACGCACCUAAUUAUAUUAGAAAUUCUUCUAUGAUGAUGCAUCCAAGUAAUAUUGGUAUAAAGUCACGUUCACCUAAUUAUCGAUCCUAACAUAAAAUAUGUUUUACGACACACUUUACAAGCAUCGAUCCUAUUGGGUAAUUACACAGAUGCUUGGUUUAUGAUAGAAUAUUAUUCUAUCAUUCAUCCCAUAUAAAAACUGAAUGCACCACUCAGAGGCAGUCAGUACAAUUUCGACCAUGUCUUCGCCAUUAUAUUAAAUUUCAAAUCUCGUCCUCGUUAAUAAAAUAAAUAUCUUAUUCGUGU